AUGGGCUCACCGAAAUCGAACCAAUUGGAAGAUUCUCGUAGCAAGGAAGCUUUGCAAGCUCCCAAUGUUGUUGCCAUAGAUGCUGAUGGUCUAGAUUACACAGACAUUCCACACUCACAAAUUAGAAAGGUGCUAGGGCUCGCGGUGGUGAUUGUGGGAAAUAGGAAGGAUUCUAAAAGCUAUGUGAAUAUAAAAAGAAAAGCACGUGCUGAAGUUGGGAUAAAGUCUGUUGAUACAAGCAUGCCAGAAGAAGUUUCUGAAGCCGAAUUGAUUUGUCGGGUCCUUGAUUUAAAUGCAAAUCCUGAUGUUCAUGUGGAUCUGUUCGAAAAACUACAAUGCCAUAGAAUUUACCUGCGGCAUCGUGAAACGCAGCAGCGACGCGACGUCGCUGCUGCGAGAUCUGCGAACGGCGACGUGCGAGAUCUGCGAACGGCGAACAGUGCGAGAUCUACGACCGGUGGACGUGAACAACAACGACAUCAAUACCAGUUGACAGAGACGGGGAAGAGAGAGCGGAUGUUGGGCGGGAGGAGAGAACGGCGGUUGGGCAUGGGAGGAGAGAACGGCGGUUGGGCGGGGGAGGAGAGCGGCGAUUCACGUCCCCUUCUCUUUACAGCUAACCCGUCCCCUACUCUUUACUUAAGAUCCCAACCAAACAAAUAA